AUGCGGGGCCAUUGCAGACGGAUGAGGAGCCUUACAGACUCUGGGGAGGCCGCAGCUCCCUGGCCCAGAGGGACCCCGCCUGCCGGCAAUGCUCAGACAAGCCAGGGCGUCGGUCCUGAGUGGGUGGAGGGGACACGGCUGGGCCAUGAGGACAGCAGCCGCCCCCGUCCCUGGGAGCUGAGUGCCCGGGGCUGCGCAGACGUUGGGGCUGUGCAGGAGGAGGGGCUGGUUUGGAGAAGCUGGGUGGAGGUCAGCGGAGGUCAGUGGGCAGGAUGCCGGGAAGGGCCGGCUCAUCCCCGGCCUCAGACGGUCCCCGAGACUUGCAGGAGCCUAACAGGACUCAGCAUCGACCCCGCGGCCCCUGCACGGGACAAGCCCGAGGCCACAGCUAGCCGGCUCCCACCCCAGGGUCCACAUGCAUCAGCUGGCCCCAGGCCUCCUCCCCGGCCUCCUCGUCCCCCUGGCUCCGAGGGGAGGGGGAAGCACAUGGCGGCCGCUGUCCCCCGGCUCGGCCCUCACUGCCGGAGCAUGUGA